AUGAUUCAGACUUCAGAGGUUUAAGUAAACAAGUAACAGUCUAUUUUAGUCUCUCUCUCUCUCUCUCUCUCUCUCUCUCUCUCUCUCUCCUACGCGGUUUCAACUCUCUCCCAAAUCCCAAUUGCUAAGCGUUCGCAAUCGCUGCUUUCAGUUGUCAUGUAUCGGAGCUUCUUCAUCCAUUUUAAUCGAUCAAAUUUCUCCAAGAAUUAAUCGGUGCCUGUUUAUCAUCAGUCUCUGUAAUCUUUUUGAGGUUUGAAACCAGAGCUCGUGUUUCUUUGUAUGGGUUCAAGCAGUUUCAGAAAGGCAAUUGGUGUGGUUAAAGACCAAACAAGCAUAAGCAUAGCCAAGGUUUCUGGCAAUAUCGCAAGGGAUGUUGAGGUGCUUAUAGUAAAGGCAACAGGCCACAACAAUGAACCACCUGAAGAGAAAUACACAAGGGAGAUCCUUAACCUUACGUUUUACUCUACAAGUUAUGUAAAUGCCUGCAUUUGCACUAUUUCUAAACGAUUGAGUAAAACACAUGAUUGGAUUGUGGCAUUGAAGGUCUUGAUGCUUAUACACAGAUUGUUAGAUGAUGGGGAGCCUGGAUUUGGUGAAGAGAUGAUUCAUGUAAACCGAAACAGGACAAGGGUUUUGAAUAUGUCUGAUUUUCAUGAUUUGGUUCACUCAAAUUCAUGGGAGCAUUCAGGUUUUGUGAAAACUUAUGCUUUGUAUCUCACUCGAAAGCUUGAAUUCAUGGCAUUUGACCAAAGUAUUGCAAACAAUAGUUCACAUUUUGAGAAGGUUUUGGAGAGAUUGCAUCAUUUGCUUCGUGUUCUUGAUCGGGUUUUAUCGUGUAGGCCAACUGGUGAUGCGAAAAGUUCUAGGAUUGUGAUUAUUGCACUACACCUUGUUUUGAAGGAAAGUUUUAGGGUUUAUGAGAAUGUAUGUGAAAUGAUUGAAGUUUUGCUUCAAGGAUUUUCAGAAAUGGAGUAUGAUAUUGGUGUGAAGGCUUUUGAUCAAUUUGUUUAUGCAGCUAAAAUGAGCGAUGAACUUGUGGGGUUUUACAACUGGUGUGAGGACAUAGGUGUUGCUAGAUCAUCAGAGUUCCCAAAUGUGCAAAAGAUUACAGAUGAGAUUUUGGGUUCACUAGAGACAUUUUUAAGUGAAAGAAAGAUUGUGUAUGAUAAUGGAAAAAUAGAUGACAUAAAGGCAGUUCCUCUUCCUCCACCGGAAAGUCACAACAAACCACCACCUGCCGCCAUGCCAACUGAAGACCUUCUGAAUCUAAAGGAUGAUGCUAAUGGAAGAUUACAAUCAGUUACCCAAGAAGACCCUUUUGCAGCAUCACUCAGAGUUUUACCUCCUUUAUACAUGUGGAAGCAAUAUGGAUGAAUUACAAAAAUUAUGUUGUAUAAAUUAACCUGAAAUUACAAAGUUAAACAGGAGAAAGACAUACAUAUGAACAAAAAACCAACUUAGCAUCUCAAAAAAUGGUAAAAUAAAUCAUCAUCACUACCAAAAAAAAAAAAAUUGGAAUUUUUUGAUGAGUUAAUUUAAUACCAAA